AAUACAAAAUGUACAUAGUUUAAAAUGAAUUGAGUGAAAUGCACUUAGUUUAUAAUGAAUUUGUAAACCCAAAUCACGUAGCAUGCUGUCUAAAAUCUAUCUUGCGGUUGAUGGUAUGAUCGACGCCAUUUUGCGUGCCGACUCGCACAUACAAACUUACAAGCGUUUAUAUUUAUGAAUCAUUAGGUGUCUCUUUCACAUACUAGCAAAUUUCAUAUGAGAAAAAGAAUAAGUUGCAAAAUUCUCUGACUUUCUCUUUAUCAACAAAGUAUGUGUAAUAUGAGUAUGUGUGUGUAUUCCUGACAAUUUUUACACGACGAAUAAUUUGUAAACAUGGAGGCCAAGUGUUUGGUGAUAUAAUUUUCUACGUAUCUUUGCGAUGCAGUGUAAAUUUUCUAGCUGACUAAUAUCACAUUGGAGAUCCAUUUACGUCUGAAAUGAAGCACCGUAAACUGUUGUACUUGGGAACAUCUUGACCAACCUUGAACAAUGGGCACUGAGUUGCCAAAGACACAAGAUUCAAGUGGUGACUCUGACUCUAACAGUGAUUCUGAGCAUAGCAGCAGUAGCGAAUCAUCUGGAAGUGACUGGGAAUGUUCUGGUGCUAAACAAGGCACCGCACACAAACCCCAUUUUUCAGUCACUUCCUGUGACACAGGCCUGAAGCUCAAAAUUGCUGCUAUUCCACCAAGAAAGGUCAAUCCAAAAAAGGGCACAGCUGUCAAAAAGAAACCUGACAGUACGCUAAAAACAUCUAAAGCUGGUAAGGACCGCCCCACAGUGAAGAAAAAAGGCAAGUCACAGUUAUCAGAAACAUCAACAAGCUCUGAAUCAUGUAGUAAAUGUUCAUCAGAUUCAUCAAGUGAAGAUGACUUGCCAUUAAAAACUGUAUCAAAAUUGCUGAUUCCAAAAGGAUCACCACAAAAAACAUCUGGAAAAAGCACAAAGAAUAACUCUAACAAGAGUGACAGUGAUGAAGACAAAAGGACAGGUGAAAGCAGAGACAAUGCAUCUAAAGCAAACAUCAAGGAGAAAAAUAGUGCUGCAAAGACUAAUAGUACUAUUGUGAAAAAGACUAAAAGUGAUGACACCACUCACGAAUCGACCUUGAAAAGACCCAGAGGAAGACCCCGAACUAAGUUCUUGUCACCUCUGGAAGAGAGCGCGGCGUGCGGUAGCAGCACGUCCUCGUCCACUUCGUCCUCGUCAUCGUCGUCGUCUUCGUCCUCGUCGUCGUCCUCGGACUCCGACACAGCGGACGCCGCUGGCGGCUCCGCUCACGCCUCCGCCGAGGACUCUAGUGCUGCGCUCGCUGCCGCUUGUCCGUUGCAGGUCAUCGACGAUGCGGACCUCGCGGAACUAUUUCCAGAACAAACAUCGAGCGCGCCGGCGCAACAGCCUAAUUUCCCGGCCUUCGCCGUGCACAACGCGUCGCCAGACAAUGAUGACAAGUCCAUCGCAGAUAAUGGUGAUGGAUCAAGCAGCGAAAUGGAGCUGACGCCGCAACUCGUGACGCAAGCUAUUCAAAGAGCGACGGCUGAUUCGUCGAGCUCAGAAAACGAGUGUUCCAACUCGGAUGCCGGCCAUCCGAACACCACUCAUUAUGCGUCUAGUCUCUUGCAAGAGUUUGUUGCUCAAACGCAGCUAUUGAGCAGUACGGCACCGUUAACGCCUAUUAGCGCUGGUGCGGCCUCUACGAUACCGUGCGGACUCAAUGCAAAUCCUAUCGAUGGCGUUGGGACAAUCAGUGAUUGCGUUCUGGGUCAGAUUAACAACCUCCCAGAAAUAACACCAAUAGCGCCAAACUUUUUAACAUCGCAACAUUUGAGUCCGCAGCAGACAGAAGAACUGUCACAAAUUAAUAAAGACCUAGAAGAGAUAACAUCUGUGGCUGAAUCAGUGGAACUGCAGAUACCAAAUCCUAGCCUUGAUGAUUGUGUCGACAAUAAUGAUUUCAUGAAUCUUGAUAUAUCUCAAGGAGGCUCAGAGCUAGGAAGUGCCAGUGAUCUGCUUAAAAGUUCUCCAAUAACCGUAGUAGGUACGGAUAUGGGUUCUAUUAAUCAAUUAGAUAUGCAAAAACUAGAUACGAUUAGUACGAAUUCAAUCGAAUCUCAGGAAGACGUUAAAAACGUCAUUGUGGAAUCUAGACGUAAAAGGGGCCGACCUCGAAAAGUAAGACAGUCGGAAGUGGAAUUCGGGAAUAAAAACAGGGAAUCUCAAAAGGAAGACAAAUCUGUUGUCAAUGUUAUUAAUUUCCAUAAUGUGAAUGAUCCACCCAAUGUAUCUCCAGAUUCGGGAAUUCUAUCAAAUCAUAACUCGCCAACCCAUUCACCUCUUAGACGUCACGAUGUAGAUGAAAAUCAUAGCAGAUUAGGAAGAAAAUCUAUCCAAAAAGAAAAUUCGACGCGGGAAAGGAGAGCAAUGAGAUCAAAAUCGAAAAGCAGAGGUCGCCCACAAAACAGGUCAGAUUCUAGCGACUGUGAUUACCAAAAAAAGCGAGUGGAAAAUGAAAUAAAACAAAUCAAAACUGAAGCACCUUCCCCAGUUCCACUGAAACAAGAACAAAGCAAGUUUGAGAAGGCAAAAAGAACUGAUCAAAAAUUGGAUAUUGCUGCGUUAGAUAGAAUGUUAUACGCUACAGACAGGGUUUUGUAUCCGCCAAGGAAAAAAGUGGGUCGAAGACCUCAGAACAAAACAAAAGUAAAUAAAAGCACACCAAAAACUUUGAAAGAUAAAAAUCAAUACGAUUCUGCCGAUAGCGAAGAUGAUACAGUUGCUACCAAUAGAUCUGUGCUUUCAGGAGUGUAUGCCAAACGAAAAGAACUUAACAGCAAGCUCGCGAAUUUACCUAAGAAAAACAAUAAAUCAUUUUCCAACACCUGGCGAGAUAAUCAAAGUGAAAACGAGGCAGCGGCAGAUGAUCCUCUAGAUCCAACAUGGAAGCAAAUCGAUUUAAACCCUAAAUACAAAGACAUUCUAUCUGGAUAUAAAAGUGACCACGAGUUUAAGCCUUACAAAAGUUGCAGUAGAUUAAUAGAAUCUGGAUACAAAAGCGAUUAUGGUUGCAGAUCGGGCUAUAAAAGCGAUUACUAUCGCUCUGGCUACAAAAGUGACUAUAAAUCUGGUUAUAAAAGUGAUAAAUCGGGCUAUAAAACUGAUUACAGUGUUAGAAGUUUGCGUAGAAAAACAAGAAAGCUAAAGAAAACCAGAUCUGUUAGAGAUAGGUCGUAUUACAAAAACCAAAAACAUUUUGUAUCUGACCAGGAAAUAUUAUUGCUAACUAAUAAAACAUUUAGUAGCUUGACAUUAGGCCACAGUUCCAGUGAUUCUGAAUGUGAUAGUUACUUGAGAAAACCAAAUGCCAGUCCAAAAUACGUAAGCGUUUGCACAAAGUAUCCGCUCCACUCGCAAUAUAACUUUGGAUUCUCUAAAAUGAGUAAAAGGCAGUUAUUGAGACCCAAUUCAUCAGAUCCAUUCGCACCAGGUCCAGUUUUUAGCGGAUUUCAACAACCAGUGACAACUUAUAAUAUCUUUAAAGUGGGACAUCAUAACAAUAACAACAUUUUGCUUAAAUCUCCUACAAAACCUAACAGCUAUGUUGGAAGACCACUUCCAGCUUUGAAGCCAGUAUUUACACAUAAAUUUGGAACAUCUCCAAUAUGUACAGCAGCUAAACCUCCAAGUUCAAAAAACAAAGAUACUUAUCUAACUGGUACGUUAUCUCCCAAGAAUCGCAAAAUGUUGAGAAAUGGGACAUCAACAAAGAAGGAAAGCCCGCUCAAACCUCUUCCAAGUAUAUUUGAGAAAGCUAAAAAUUCGUAUGUCCCAAAUAAAUCUUUGUCGAGAAACGUAUUCCUUAAUUUCAAGAAACCUCAUUUGAAGCCGACUUUUCACAUCAGAAAACAUAGAAGAACUGUUGUACUGGCACCACCCAAGAUUAAUUUGAAACCCAUUGAGAGACCGUCACGAAUCACUGUGAAAACAGAGAGUAAACAUCAUAGACAUAGAAGUAAAAGAAGGCAUCGUUCUCGAUCUGUCUCUAAAUGCCGCGAGUCUUGCAGUAAAGUUAUAGACAUGGUUGAUCAAAAAUUUUGUCAAGAUAUGGACAACUUGGUUUCAAAUUUCAUUAAACUGUGUCAAAUAGCGCCUAAACUAAUAAACAAUCCUCCAGUACAAAAUCCGACAAAAACAGCGGAAAAACCGGUCGUAGAGACUCCAACUGCUAAGGUCGUAAAGAGGGGUUCAAAGAAACGUAAAACAUCGGAUAAUCAAGAAAUAACAACCCCUACUUCCAAAAGAAGACAUAAGAAACAAUUAACGGAAUCUCAAAGUAAAGGUGGUAAAGACACAAAUGAACAUAAGCUGCCUCUCAAAAAGAGACACUAUCAUAUCAAUUCUUCCACAAGUAAUUCUCUAAGUCUUAGUUUAGUUACGGCUGAAUUUGACGACAAUUCUAAAAAUGACACCAGUUCAGACCAGUUUUUAUGUACUGAGACCGACUGCUUGGCUGAAUUACAUAAUAACAUCAAUAAUGCGUCCGAAGAAACUCCUAAAACAAAAACGGCGCACGAAAAAUCAAAGAAGAUGAAUGAAACUUCAAAAACAUCAACUCCUACGCCAGUAGAUAACAAAACAAAAACAGAACAAAAUGAAAUCAAAACACCAAAGUUGACUCCUAAUCUAGUAUCCGAGACAUUAAGCGUGAAAAUAGAUGAGACUUCUCCUACAGGAACCGCCAAGACACAUUCUCCGAGUUCUCUCAAUGCUACCGAUGAUGAAUUGGCAAUAACAAAACCUACGCCUGAACAAUCAGAAUUAUCCAAGAAAAUUUAUGAAACGUCUGAGAAAUUAAAAGCUGUGCAUAAAAUGGUACAUGAUUUGGAAAAAUCCUUACCUAAAGCAAAAGAUUCAGAUGCUAAAGCAGAGACAACGAAACAAGAUACACCAAAAAUGUCACCUAGAUCUGAGACUAAAUCGUCUCCAUUGAGACAUUCAGCGCCUAUAGUGACGCCUAAAAAGCGGCAUCGGCUCGAGGCUGAUAAAGUGGUUACUCAUAGCCUUGAUCAAGUUGUGCAGUCACUUUCAAAGAAGCUAUCGGAAGAUAAGCCUGUUAUUAGUAAUAACAAAGAUGUAAAUCAAAAUAACGCAAAGGAAGAAAAUGCUGAGUCUGACAAGUCUGCAUCUGUAUCGCCUUCAAUUUUAGCUCAAGCAAACAAUACAAGUCCUGCAGGAGUAGAUCCUCUAAAGAGUAUGUCAGCAAGAACUUUGUACAAAAGUUCUAUUCCACCAGCUCAAAAGUCUGAGAUAAUGACUCGAAAGAAAAAUAGGCUCGAGGGUCUUACUAGUAAUUUAGUGUCGAAAAUAAAUCCUAGUGCAGCUACUAAAGUUUUAGACACAUUGCUAAAUAAUAAUAUAAGAAAAUCUAUAGAGUCAAGGAUUCUAGAAAAAGAGAAGAAUAGCGGCAAUUCAUCUGACAGUUCCAAUAAGCAUGAUGAGAAAAUAAAAAUUAAGGAAGUAUCACAGAUGAACACUAGAGCUACUGUCAUCAAAUCACCAGUGUCCAAAAAUAAACUUAUAGAUGCUAAAAAGAAUAAAGCAUCCGAACUUACUAUUGAUCAAACGAUAGUAGUAAACGUUGAUAAACCCACUGGAAUUUUUGAACCAUCAAUUGAUUUAGAAGAUCAAAUCCCUAAGUCCUCGAUUUGUGUUAAUAACGCCUUGUGUGAGACCAAUAAGUUGAAAUCGAAAACUAAAAAUGACAAAAGUUCUAGUGGCUUAUUAAGCCCUAUUGAUACAGAAUCUGAAAUCCCCUUGGCACUUAUAUCUGAGACGCCUGAUCCCAUCAUAAGACCUAAAAGAGGAGAAUCUAUAGCCUCUGUGCUAUCUGAUAAAAUUCAGGAAACAAACGGAGGUCAUAAUUUGCGACAACCUAAGAGAAAUCUAAGUAAUGACACCGAUGAUUCUAACGACAAGAAAAAGAAGAAGACUUCUAAUAAUAUCAUCAGAGAAAGCAAAUUAGUACUACCAUCAAAAAUGCUAGUUCCGAAAAUACAAGCUGAAAGAUUACUGAUACUAGAUCCAACAAAGAAAAUAAGCAUUCCCAUUAAGAAACCUGAGGUGGAAACAAAUGAUGUUAAGACAUCUGAAACGAUGAAGAAAAAAGCUCGAAGGAGAAAAGCAAUUAAUAGAACUGGGUUUCCUAGUGUUAAGAAGAAAAAGAAGAAAGUGGAACCCAGCAAUCAGGGCAUUGUCUCUGAUAGUCACUUCACGUCUGAAGACACCGAUAAUAAUUCUGUCUUUGAGAGAGUGCCAAAAGAUGGUGAAGCUAUGAGCAGUUUCUUAGAAAGGACUAAUAGUUGUAAAAAACCGGAACUGAAAGUAGUACUAAACAAAGACGAAUGUCCAAAGCAGGGCCGUUUGACAGUUGUAGCACUUGAAAAAUUACAGGGAAAAGAUUUACCUGCUGAAUGUAACAAAGCAACUAACAAGUCGCAAACAACGACAGAGAAAAGAAACACGAAUUCCUCUAUACUUAGGGCACCGGCAUUACAGCUCAAACAAAAUAAAUCUGAAAAAGAACUUCGAAAUCAUAUAAAUAAAUGGGAAGUGUUAAGCGAGUCGGACAGUAUUCCAUCGUUGGCCAGUUCAAUCAGUAAUGAUCCAGAGGACAGCAUACCAUUGAGUCUUUUGAACCUAAAUAGUGAUCGCCCUGUGGGCCGGUUGGACAACUUAGAAAGGCUGAAAAGGAAGACGAGAGCGAUGUCACCAUCCCAAGAAAUUGAAGAAAUAUUUUCAAAGAGAAAGGCUGUCGAAAAGAAUAAUAAAAUUGCGUUGAGACCUAAAUCUAGUCUCGCCAUUUUAUACCCGAGCGAAAGGAGACUGACAAGAAGUUCUGACAACAACAACGAAGACCUCAAAAACAAGAACAAAAAAUCUGAGGUGAAGAAAGCUGCAGUACUUGAACAAGUUUCUGAAAAAUCAAAGCCUGUCAACAUAUCUGCAAGACGAAAGUCUAGAUGCCAAGUUAAGAAAAUCCGUGAAGUGCAGUCAAGUUCAAGAGAAAGUUCGCUAGACACGGUCAUAAGUAGGAGACUCAACACAAAAUCGCGAGAACCUUCCAUCGACACCUUGCGUGAUCACGACGAAAAUGAUCCAUUACCUUUGAAUGAAAAAGAAAUUGAUUUUGAAAAGAGCAUUGAUGUGCUUUCGAAGAAUGUAAUUUGUAAGAAGAGAGUGGCUUCUUCUCGAGAUGACAGUCCAGCAAGUAGUGUCGAUAACAGGGAAAAGCCUGUUGUCUCAAAGAGAAACCCGCGUCUCAGGAAAAAGUUCUUGGUAGCGGGACUUUUCUCAGACUACUACAAAGACGAUCCGAAGCCCGAAGGGAAAGGAAAGAACCUCGUCACUCAAACAGAGUUUCCGCCUGGCCUGCUCGCGCCGCCACCUUAUUGCGAGCGAUGGGUUCGCCGUCGAUUACAACAUUUCUCUCUGCCUUACGACAUCUGGUGGCAGCAACAUUAUAAUCAGCCCGUGCCUUCGUGGAACUACAAAAAGAUUCGUACAAAUGUGUACUAUGACGUUAAGCCUUCAGCCGAGGAAUGUGAAAGCGUCGCUUGCAACUGUGCGCCUGCGUCUGGCUGUAACGAGGACUGUAUAAACAGGCUGGUCUUUUCCGAAUGUUCUCCACAGCUGUGUCCAUGCGGCGAUAGAUGCAAGAACCAACGCAUUCAGCGCCAUGAGUGGGCCUCUGGGCUUGAGAAGUUCAUGACGGAGAACAAAGGAUGGGGCGUGCGCACCAAGCACAAGAUACCUUCGGGCGACUUCAUACUGGAGUAUGUUGGCGAAGUGGUGUCUGACAAAGAAUUCAAGGAGCGCAUGGCGACGCGUUACGCGCGUGACACGCACCAUUACUGCCUACACCUGGACGGCGGGCUGGUCAUAGACGGCCACCGCAUGGGCGGCGACGGACGCUUCGUCAACCACUCCUGCCGGCCCAACUGCGAGAUGCAGAAGUGGACCUCCAAUGGUACGUUCAGAAUGGCGCUUUUCGCUCUGCGUGAUAUUGAACCGGACGAGGAACUGACGUACGACUACAACUUCUCUCUGUUCAACCCUGCUGUCGGUCAGCCAUGCAAAUGCGAUUCGGAAGAUUGCCGCGGCGUAAUAGGCGGGAAAUCUCAGCGGAUCACCAAGCAGCCUGUGAAGACUCAAUCUCGAACACCCUCAAACGCCUCCAACCAGUCGCAAGGCUCGAACGGCAAUCAGCCGCGCGUGGGUCGUCCGCGGAAGGCUGUCAAAUGCAACAAGAAGUCCGAGCAGCAGACCGUGACUGCGUGCGACAUCAAGAACAUGACGAUCCUGAACAAGUACCAGCAGCAUCUGAACAGACUGUGGCAGGAGCCGCAGAUGAAGCCGCUCACGGCUAAGGAAAGGAGCGUGGUCAAGGAGAGGCACUGUUUCCUGUUCAGAAACCUUGAAAAUGUCCGCCGCAUCCGAGACCGUCUCUCCAUAGGGUUGCCGCCAUCGCCACCGGCCUGCCAAGCUCCCACGCCAGCUUUACCAGCCCUGCCAGCGCCGCCGACACCGGCGCCUCCUACCACAGUAUCAACCAACUCCAACAUCAACCCAUUAGCACUUCCUGAUACUAUGAACUCGGAGGUGUUCCUAGCGAGAUUACACGCCCUUCGAGCGUCUAAAGAGGACACGGUGAAAAACCUCGUGCGGUUGGAUGAUGAGCCUACGUUGGAUAAGGGCACGCGGCUGAAGAAGGUCUUCCAGGCGCUGUAUAACGCUAUUGUGGCUGUAAAAGACGACAAAGACAAGCUCCUCUGCGCGCCAUUCAUGAAGAGCAAGACCAAGAGCCAAGAGGCGGGCCAGCCGGCGGCGGACUUGGCCACUAUCGAGGCGAACUUGGCGCGAGGACACUACGAGACCGUGGCGCAGUUUGACGCAGACGUGUGCGCUGUGUUGGCGGCUGCUAUGCGCGAACAUGGCCGCCUUUCUGCGUUAGGAAGUGUAGCUGUGCAGCUGAAAAAGGUGUACAACUCCGCUAAAACGGACCUCGCUGACCAUUUGACAAAGAUACUCGGCCCUGAAGAACCUUUGCCUACUGGAUUCUUGCAAAAAGCUAAAACUGAGGAGGUGAUAAUGUGCAUCUGCGGCCUGCACGUGGAGGAGGGGCUGAUGGUGCAGUGCGGCGGCGCGCGCUGCGGCGUGUGGCAGCACGCGCGCUGCAUGCGCGUCGCCGACACGCGCGCGCCGCACUACUGCCACCACUGCUCGCCGCACACCGCCGCGAACGUCGACCGCGAGAUCCCGCUAGACGACUACACAGAAGACGGCCACCAGUUCUACCUAUCACUAAUGCGGGGCGACCUCCAAGUCCGGCAAGGGGACACCGUGUACGUGCUGCGAGACAUCCCUAUUGAUGAGAAGCACCCCGACGUUAGCCAGGCGAACGGGGAUAAGACGGACUCGCCGAAAACUAAGAGGGUUGAGAGGAAGAAGGUCAAGAACAUCGCUAAAGGGAAGACUGAAGAGGCUACUCAGAGCAAGGACGGCGAGGUCCGAAAACACACUUACCAAACGAUCGGCGAGACAGCAGUGUCGGAGCUGGACAUCUUCCGCGUGGAGCGUCUGUGGAAGCACAAGCACACGCGCGAGCGCUACGUGUACGGCCACCACUAUCUGCGCCCGCACGAGACCUUCCACGAGCCCACGCGCAAAUUCUUCCACAAUGAAGUGAUGCGAGUGCCGUUGUAUGAAGCAGUGCCUAUUGAGCUCGUUAUGUCCCAGUGCUGGGUUAUGGAUCUCAAUACUUACUGCAAGGGCCGGCCGGUGGGCGCGGCGGAGCAGCACGUGUACAUUUGCGAGCUGCGCGUGGACCGCACGGCGCGGCUGUUCACGCGCGUGUCGCGGCCCAAGUACCCCAUCUGCACCAAGCGCUACGCCUUCGACGCCUUCCCGCAGCGGCUGCGCAUCACGCGCACCUACGCUCCUCACGAAGUGUCACCGGAAUAUCUGAAACCAAGAGGGAAAAGUGCUGCUAUAGUUCCCUUUGAUAAAUCUAAGAAUACCACAACGAAGGACGUGAAGAAAAAGUCUUUGCCAGCAGCUUCAACGUCCGAGAGCUCUAAGGCCGCGAGCGCGUCUCUAACUCCAGCGCAACGCCGCGAGCGUCAAAAGGAGCGAGUGAACAACAUCGCUCGCGCGCUGCUCGCGCGCCUCGGCUCGCGAGCGCCGCUCGACGCGUCCUACCUGCUGCGCGCCGCGCCGCGCCGCCCGCGCCCGCGCCCGCGGCCCCGCCACGCCUCCUGACCGCACGGCCACGCCUGCCCCGCCUGCGACCACUGCUAAAGCCCGCUCCGUGACCACGUAGAAUAGGGACCUUUCCCUGGUCAAAAAGCAAGAGCUUUAAUUAGUCCGUCAGUUGACUUA